CCAGUUGGGAUGUAUCAAAAGUAGGAAGAGAAGAGCUCAAGUUAAGAAUGAAGCAGAGGAGAAAGCAUGCUGUAGGCUUCUCAGAGAAGACUCCACCUCGGCUGAGCUAGUGGGCAAUUUCAUAGUUCAAGAAGUUUCCAGAGGAUCUCUCUCUAUUCCUGUUCCCUUGUUCCGUAAUGAUAAUUAAGAUUAUAGGAAGGCUGCAGGGGUGUCUUGGAUAAGAUAAAAACCAGGAGCUACUAGUGUUACACAUGGGUCUGAUAGACUUCUUGCAGAGCUACAGGCUGGCUCAUGACCUUUGCAUGGAAUAAUAAUGCAAGAAUGUUAUGGGAACAUGACGAAGUUGGGGAAAUACUACAUUGCCGCAUCCUAUGUGAAGUUUAUAGAGUCUGCAGGUGCAAGAGUUGUACCCGUAAGGCUCGAUCUUAGUGAUGCAGACUAUGAAAGACUCUUUAGGUCCAUUAAUGGAGUCCUCUUUCCUGGAGGAGGUGCUAGCCUCACACAUUCAGGUUAUUCCCGAGUGGCCAAAAUAUUUUUCAACAAGGCUAUAGAGAGUUAUGAUAAUGGAGACCAUUUUCCUGUGUGGGGAACAUGCCUUGGAUUUGAGGAGCUUUCUAUCCUGGUUAGCGGAGACAACUUACUAACAUAUACAAACACAAAGUCAGAGAAAUUGCCCUUGAACUUCACUCCAGGUGCAAGACAGAGCAGAAUGUUCCAGAAUUUUCCUACUGAGUUAUUGAAUUCAUUAGCGGUAGAAAAUCUGACAGCAAAUUUUCACAAAUGGAGCCUCUCUGUGAAGAACUUUACAGAAAAUGAAAAGUUAAAGAAGUUUUUCAAUAUAUUAACAACCAAUACAGAUGGCAACACUGAGUUCAUUUCAUCCAUGGAAGGCUUUAAGUAUCCAGUUUAUGCAGUCCAGUGGCAUCCUGAGAAAGCGCCAUUCGAGUGGAAGAGGCUGCAUGGUAUCUCCCACGCACCCAAUGCUGUGAAGACUUCAUUCUACUUAGCAGAGUUUUUUAUUUCUGAAGCUCGGAAAAACAAUCACCACUUUGAGGACACACGUGAGGAGACUGCAUCCUUGAUUUACCAGUUCUGUCCAGUUUAUACUGGAAAUAUUUCUUCAUUUCAGCAAUCUUAUAUGUUUAACUGAAAGCCUUCAAUAUGGUAACAGAGCAACUCUGAGUAAUUCUGUGAUUGAAUCACAAAUACUGCUCAGGGCAGUAUGAGAAAGCCACACAGAUGCCUUUCCUGUGGGCCUGGUUCUUUUAUCAGAUUUCAUAGCCUGACAGUGAAAAAGAUUAAAAAGUCAUUUUUUUUCAUGAAAAUGCCUUCUUAUAUCUGAAGAUUCUAAAAUAUACUUUUUUGAAAAUAUACUUUUUUCUGUGAUUAUUGGCUCAAGGAGAAAAAGCUAUUCCAAAUCUACCCAACUGAUUUUUGUAAAAGUCUUGAGUUGUG